UGCGAGCGGGGCCAGGCGCGGGCAGAGGAGCCGAUGGCAUUGCCGGGGCUCGGGCGGCUCCCCGCCGAGCGCCCCGGAGCCCGGCUUUCCCGGGACGUGCGUUCGGGAGAGAAGGGUAACUCAACGCGGGCCGCAGGCGGGGUCGGUGAUGUAACAGGAAGCUCUGAUGCUUGGCUGCUGCCGCCGCUCCGCGCUGCCAUCGGACACGCUCCCGGCGCUCCCGCAGCAGCGCUGCUCCGCCGGGAGAGCCGCCAGCCUGGGCUCGGGAUUACAGCGGGGCUCUCGGCAGGGACAGCGGGACAGCCCCGCACGGCUUCCCCCGGCAGCGCUGCGCGUUUGAGUUCAUUCAGCUACGACAUAAAAUUGACUGCACCAGAUAUAAAAAUGACAAAAAUCUGGAUCACAUUUUUGCUACUCUUCUUAUCAGUUACUAUGUUCUUUGCCACUGCUACUCCAGCUGAGGGACAUCAGAACACCACAAUGGACUUUGCCCAGCUGAGUGUCACACGGAAUAAAAUCAUGACAGCACAGUAUGAAUGCUACCAGCAGAUUAUGCAAGACCCUAUUCACAAGAAAGAAGGUCCUUACUGCAACAGGACCUGGGAUGGCUGGUUGUGCUGGAGUGAUGUUGCUGCUGGGACCGUGUCAGUGCAGCGUUGUCCUGACUACUUUCAGGAUUUCAACCCAUCAGAAAAAGUUACAAAGAUCUGUGAUCCAAAUGGGAAUUGGUUUAGACACCCAGAAAGCAACAGGACAUGGACAAACUACACCCUGUGCACUAUCUAUACCCAUGAGAAAGUGAAGACUGCUCUGAACUUGUAUUACUUGGCCAUCAUCGGACACGGUCUUUCAAUUGUAUCCCUUCUGAUUUCUCUUGGCAUAUUCUUUUAUUUUAAGAGCUUGAGUUGCCAAAGGAUUACCCUGCAUAAAAAUCUGUUUUUCUCUUUUGUUUGCAACUCUGUUGUAACAAUAAUUUCACUGACAGCCGUUGCCAACAACCAGGAAUUAGUUGCAACGAACCCAGUUAGUUGCAAAGUGUCACAGUUCAUCUACCUGUACCUGAUGGGUUGCAACUAUUUUUGGAUGCUGUGUGAAGGCAUUUACCUGCACACUCUGAUUGUGGUGGCUGUUUUUGCUGAGAAGCAGCACUUGAUGUGGUAUUACCUUCUUGGCUGGGGUUUUCCACUGAUCCCUGCCUGCAUACAUGCUGUUGCAAGAAGUUUAUAUUAUAAUGACAAUUGUUGGAUCAGCUCUGAUACUCAUCUGCUUUACAUCAUCCAUGGCCCUAUUUGUGCUGCUCUCUUGGUGAACCUUUUCUUCCUGCUGAACAUCGUCCGUGUUCUCAUAACCAAGCUGAAAGACACGCACAAGGCUGAGUCCAACCUGUACAUGAAAGCAGUGAGAGCCACCCUGAUUCUGGUCCCUCUCCUUGGCAUCGAGUUUGUGCUGUUCCCAUGGCGACCCGAGGGCAGGAUCGCUGAGGAGGUGUAUGACUACGUGAUGCACAUCCUCAUGCACUACCAGGGUCUACUGGUGGCUACAAUUUUCUGCUUCUUUAAUGGCGAGGUGCAGGCCGUGCUGAGGCGGCACUGGAACCAGUACAAGAUCCAGUUUGAGCACAGCUUCAGCCACUCGGACGCCAUGCGCACGGCGUCCUACACCGUGUCCACCAUCAGCGACGUGCAGGGCUACGGCUACGGCCACGAGGGCGCCGGCGAGCACCUCAACGGCAAGGGCUACCACGACAUGGACGGCGUGGCGCUCAAGCCUGACAAGCUCUACGGCUGAGGCUGCCCCGCUGCCCCAGUGACUUCAUGGCCAGAGCACCUCACCUGCGUGGGGUGUGGGUAUGCUCCUGAAUGAUGCAAGCUCAACCAACACCUUUCUCAUACAUCUGUGUGUGUGUAUAUGUAUAUAUAUAUAUAUAUAUAUAUAUAUAUAUGUAUGCAGACAUGCAUAGAUAUGUAUGUUUGUGUUUCUGUGUAUCUAUACAGUAUGGACAUCUGUACAUAUAUAUAUCUAUAUAUGUAUGUGCAUUUAUAUAAGGAUACAAACUUUGCCUCUUCAGUUUCUACUGUGUAGACAAAGUUGGCAAAUUUUUGUACAAAGGGAAUCAAUGAAGGAUUUCUUAUUUUCUUGGAAGUUUGUAUAAGACUGUGCUGUGUUGAAGCCACUUCAUUUGCCUAUAGAAUCUUAGAGUGUAAAUACCAUACUCUGUUGUCUUAAUUCAACCUAAAAUAGAACAAAGCAAAAUGGUUUAAGUAGGUGCAAUAACAACAUUAAGUUUUCCAGGUUCUUUUUUUUUUUUGGUCCAGCAUUUGUUUGGCUGUCAGAAAAGCCCGACAGGUAAUCUGAGGUAACAGAUUCAAAGAUAGAUAUGCUGUUUUGAUCAAAGAGGUUGAUGUUUUGAUUUGUUCUCUUCCCACUGUUUUACGCCAAGCACAGAGACACCGCUUCCAGUAUUAGCCUUGAUGUGCUUCUGUACUGCAAUGUAAUAUCUUGCACCAAGAUUUGAGCAAUUUUAUUUAAGCUGUUUCAGGAUAUUCAGAAGUCUCUCCUUCUCCUGAAUUGUAUGGAAGUUUCUUCUGGGUUUAACAAAGACAAGACUGAUGAGGCCUCACUGCCAGAGAGCAAAGGAGUAACCUGAGUCACUGUAAGUCUCUCCAGACACUGAUAGCAGCUGGUGGAACUUCACUGUCUGCUUAAGGAAUUUACUCAGCUGGAGAAGAUCAUGUACCGAAUAUGUUUUAACAUUGUUCUGAUUUUACAUUUAUGUAUUUUCCUGGCCAUAUGCUUGAUAACUUAUUCCUUCAUUCUUGGGCAAAGUUUUGAUUAAUUCUGUGGCUAUUUUUGUUAUCUGAGAUGAGCAUACAAGACUGAACACAGUGCACAUGAUAUACUACCUUUAAAGCCAGUAUGUGAGACUCAGACUCAUCAAGCAAACUAAUGUUAGUAAUUCUUAUUAUUUGGAAAAUCCAGUAUAAAGUUUGUAUUAUAAAGGUUCAAAACUUUAUGGAUUGAGAAUUUCAAUAUUAUUUUUGAUUGGUUGAUUCUGAAUCUCUGUCUCAGUUAAUUGGCUAAGAACAGAACUUUAUAUAUUGUUUCUUUGGUUCUGCUGGUGUAUAAAGGUCUCUCUGAAAACUAGGAGGUUGUCAGGAAGGUCUUGAGAAAAUGUGUCUUUAUAGAAAUUUAUAUUUUUGUUAAAUCUUUAUGCUUUAAAGAAAUAGCAGUUUUGUUAAGUGAAAUGACAAAAAUGCUUAAGAAUGAGGGCACGAAACGAGGUGAGUUCACUGAAAAUUAAAAAAAUAUAAGAAAAAUUUUAUACAUUUCAUUUGCAGCUAAAUCUGCUUGAAGUGGGGAAAAACCAAAGUUAGGCAGAAGAAGAAAUAAAUGCUGGAGCUGUGACAGACAGUCCAGUCAAAAAAUUGGAAGACAGUUCAUUCUGAGACUAGUUUGAAAUUUGCAUAUGAAAUUAUUGUAUACAAAACAUCUUGACUUUGGCAUUUAAACAUUUUUGUCAGUAGCUUUUCUCUAUGCUUCAUUAGUGUCUAGGUAAUUUUUGGUGUUCAUCAGUUUCUGACUUCAUAAGGCAUUAAAUGCUUUGUACUUAGAAAACAUUAGGAGGAUGUGGCAAGUUCAUGCCACUUGCAUAUUCCUUUAGGUUUUUUUUACAGUUCUUAUAUCUGGAGUUUGAAUAUAGAAAGUGUUUUAUUAAUGAUUUAGUUUCACAAUAUAGAAUCUCAGCUAGGAUGCACAAAUAAAGAUUUCUCCUCUUCUGCAGGGCUGUCUGGUCAGUUGAUGGGAAUGAUUUGAAGAAUCUGUUGCAUUGUGUAGUGUAGAGCAGUGUGAGGUCUGGCAAUCAGAUGUCACAGUCUCCUAAAUUUUAUGAGUGACAAUAAAAACGUCUGCUACAACAUGACAAGAGGCUGCUUAAACUCUGCUUGCUGAUCUUUGUAGUGUUAUUUAAAAUUUGUGCAAUGUUCUGAAGAUAUCAGUGGUGCAGAAAAUCCCUGCUCUGGUGUAGCAGUUUUAUAUUUGUGGGACCAGAUCACCAGCUGGUAUAAAUCUGUCUUGAGCCCCCUUGCAGGAUCUGCAGGUACCACUGAGACUCAAAGCCCAGACAUGUGUCUGUCCAUUUUAAUGUGCUGUAAGCCAUUUAUGGAACAUUAUUAGACAAUUAUUUCAUGGUACCUGGUGGAUUUUUGCAAUUAACACAUGGUUGGUUUGGAGUGUGAUACAGUAUUAGACUUUAAGUUUAAUUCUCAGAGAGGCAGUUUAAAUUUAACAGACUAUAGAUUUUGUCAUUUAAUAUAUAUUUCUAAUUGCCCUGUGUCUGCUAUUAAAGAAAUUUGUAACAGUAAUUUAGGAGGAAAAAUUGUUUUUUUACAAAAUUUGUCCUACUUCUAGAUGGACAAUCACUGCUUCCUUCUAGGCCCAUGCCCCCAUCUUCACUUUGGGAAAGAAACACAUCCUGCUGGAUGUGCAGGAAAAUCUUUCUGGCUGUGAAGGGUCACACAGUAUAGCAGAGCUAUAUUUCCCCUCUCCUGCUGAGGUUAGCUAGUUUGCAUUGGAAAAUACCAAUUCCCUAUUUUGUCUUCCUACCUCACCUUUUUCAGUUUCUACAUAGCUAAGAGAAGGGUUUGCUUCUUAAAAUGUUUUUCUGUCACUGUAAGGUAAAAAUCAAAUCCUUAUGCUGAUUUCUUAUGGCUCUCUUCUACUUUACAGAAUGUUGUAGUCCAGACCUGUAUUGUCUGGGAUGGAAGUAAACUCUUGGUGAGGCUGUGAGAUUCCUCUGAACAUGCAGAUUGUUUGUUUAUUACCUGUUACUAUUUGCUGUUUCUUUUUCUCUUAUUAUUUAGGGAGGAUUUAUUGUAUCAUCCUACAGGGGCUACAGCAAGAGUUGUCUUAUAUUUGUUAUCUGUCACACCAGCAUGUUAGGAUUCAAUGAGAGAAAAAUGUCUAUUUUUAAUGCUACUGUCUUCAAUUAAUAAAUGGCUGCAUUGCAGGGUUGUUUAAUGUUGGUAUUUAUGUAAUGCAGUUUUUCAUGGUGGUGAUCUACAAGAGUAUUUGGCUGUAGAAAUGCUGCAACAUGUACUCCUUUUGAUGUCAAGAAACAUUUGGGCUGGCAACCAGGCAACAUUCAUUUCUUGUACUAUGUAAAUAAGAUUAAUAGAAGCUAUGCAUUGUAUUUAUUGCUUACACUAAGAACAAAAUGGAAAAAAUGUGAAGUUGUUUUUUUGGUUGUUCAUUUUCACCUUGUUCAUAUGAAUCAUGCAUUUUAAUUGCUGAGAGAAGUAUUGUUUCUGAUCAAUAAAAUAUUACUCCAUUUA